AUGGCCGAGCUCAAGUCGCUGUCGGGGGACGCGUACCUGGCGCUGAGCCACAGCUACGCGGCGGCGGCGGCGGGCCUCGCCUACGGAGCGGGGCGGGGGCCAGAGGCCGCCCGUGGCUACGGCGCGCCGAGUCCGGGCGGCGACCUCCCCGCGGUGCCCACGCCCCGCGCCCCGGCUGCGGGCGCCGAGAGCAGCGACGAGCAGAGCGGCGACGAGGACGACGCCUUCGAAGCGCGGCGGCGGCGGCGGCGCGGGCCGGGGGGCGCGGCGGCCGGGCGGCGGCGGCGGCCCCGGGAGCAGCGCUCGCUGCGGCUGAGCAUCAACGCGCGCGAGCGGCGGCGCAUGCACGACCUGAACGACGCGCUGGACGGGCUGCGCGCCGUCAUCCCCUACGCGCACAGCCCGUCGGUGCGCAAGCUCUCCAAGAUCGCCACGCUGCUGCUGGCCAAGAACUACAUCCUCAUGCAGGCGCAGGCACUGGACGAGAUGCGGCGCCUGGUGGCCUUCCUCAACCAAGGCCAGGGCCUGGCCGCGCCGGUGGCCGCCGCGCCCUUGACGCCCUUCGGCCAGGCCGCCGUGUACCCCUUCUCGGCGGGCGCCGCGCUGGGGCCUUGCCCGGACAAGUGCGCCACCUUCUCCGGGACGCCCUCCGCGCUUUGCAAACACUGCAGCGAGAAGCCCUGA